AUGCAGAGGGAAUUUUUUGAUAAUAACCAGUGUGUAGCUAUCGAAAAAAAAAUUAAUGAAUUAGUUGAUGAUGGUAAUGCUGGUUUAUUCAAAAAAUGUACAGUUGAUAUAACACCGUUACGUAGUAAAUAUUUUUUUGGAUACGGUUACACGUAUGGAUCUGGAAUGGGCAGCGAAAAAGUUUAUCCAGAUGGUGAAAUCGAUCCCAUACCAAAAUGGAUUACUGAGAUGAUUAUUGAACCGUUAGAAGAAAAAGGAAUUGUGAAAAAGAAUUGGAUUAACAGUGCAGUAGUCAAUGAUUACAAACCUGGAGGCUGUAUUUCGUCACAUAUUGAUCCUCCACAUAUUUUUGAACGUCCAAUAAUCUCAAUUUCAUUUUUGAGUAAUUGUCAAUUAUCAUUUGGAUGUAAAUUUCGUUAUAAACCGAUGCGUGUAUCGAAACCGGUACAUUCUGUACCAUUGAAACGUGGCUAUUUAACAUCAAUCGAUCGUUUUGCGGCAAAUGAAAUUACUCAUUGUAUUCGACCGUGUGAUGUUGUUUCUAGACGAGCUGUUGUUAUUCUCAGACGCGUUCGUGAUGAUGCUCCACGCGUCUCAUCGAUGGAACUACAAUUAUCCUCUACACAACAUACAAACGAAUACCAUUCUGAAGCACAAAAGCGAACAAAACGAUUAAGGUCACGUUCCAUGAGUCCUCGAACAAAACGAAAAUUAUCUCCAUUAAAACAUCAACAGUCAGAAUCAAUAUCAGCAAUUAGGGGCAAUGUUAAGAGUCAAAAACAGCAAAAGACAUCAACAAUAAUAUCAACAGAAAAUAAAACAGAUAAACAAGAAAAAGCCGUAAAACAUCAUCAUCACCAUCAUAACCACAAUAGUCAUAGUAAUAAAUCGAAUGAAGAUGAAAAGAAAACAGCAAGAAAAUCUACCGUUGAUGAUAAUAAGUUAUCCACAAAUGACAAUAAAACAAUAACAACAAUAUAUACGACAAACUUAUUGAAGAAAAAAAGAAAAUUUAAAAGUUUUAUAUGA